CAUAUGGAACAAAAGAACAAUGUGACUGAGUUUGUGCUCUUGGGGCUCACUCAGAGCCCCCAGGGUCAGAAAAUAUUAUUUGCUGUGUUCUUACUGAUCUACCUGGUGACACUGGCAGGUAAUCUACUCAUUGUCAUAACUGUGAUGCUUAGCCCAGCCUUAAAUGCCCCUAUGUUCUUCUUUCUUGGCUACUUAUCAUUUAUGGAUGCUGUUUAUUCCACCACAGUUACACCAAAUAUGAUUAUAGAUUUAAUCUAUGAGAAGAAAACCAUUUCUUUCAAAGCCUGUAUGACACAGCUUUUUAUAUUUCACUUAUUUGGUGGUGCUGAGAUUUUGCUCCUGAUGGUCAUGGCCUAUGACCGCUAUGUGGCCAUCUGCAAACCACUGCAUUAUCUGACCAUCAUGAACCAACGGCACUGUGUACAGCUGUUGGUGUUGGCCUGGGUUGGGGGUUUUGUUCACGCUGUCCUUCAGCUUCUGUUUGUUUAUAAUCUUCCUUUCUGUGGUCCUAAUGUUAUUGACCACUUCUUUUGUGACAUGUACCCCUUAUUAAAGCUUGCAUGCACAGACACUUAUGCUAUUGGUCUCACCGUGCUAGCCAAUGAUGGAGCCAUCUGUGUGGUCAUCUUCACACUCUUGUUAAUCUCCUAUGGGGUGAUUCUGCACUCCCUGAAGAACCUGAGUCAGGAAGGGAGACGCAAGGCAUUAUCCACCUGUGGUUCCCACAUCACAGUGGUCAUCCUCUUCUUUGUGCCUUGCAUUUUUAUGUAUGUUAGACCUCCUUCUACUUCACCCAUUGAUAAAUCCUUGACUGUGUUUUACACAAUUAUCACCCCCAUGCUGAACCCUCUCAUUUAUACUCUAAGAAAUGCAGAGAUGAAAAUUGCCCUGAAGAAGCUCUGGAAUAGGAAACAAAAAUAA